CCAUUGUCACUUCUUGUCUUGUCUCCCCUCCCCAAAAACGAAACUACUACAAAACUACCUCUACCUACCUAAUACCUAACCUAACACCACCCAGACGACGGACCUUCCCACCUGACUUCCUUCUGUUAAACCAUCCGACUGCAACGACCGAUGAUACAGCACGAUUUGUCUUUGAAAAGUAGUCUGCUUGAGCUGAGCUGAGCUGAAAUCUGCCAAGUCAAAAUGAACCCUCACCAGAAGAACAAGAUUGACGUCAAGUCUCUCACCCCCGAGGAGCAGCGUCUCUUCCGUCUCUAUGGCAAGCUCCCCUCGAAAUCGGAUCAUUUCGCCAAGCACCUGAAGGAGCGCAAGUAUUUCGACAGCGGCGACUACGCUAUGUCCAAGGCCGGCAAGGGCGACAGUGUCGACACGGGCAGCGUCGGUAGCCAGCACCCAGUCCCCGAGAACAUUCCUCACCUAUCUUCACCCAACGGCCAGAAUGGUAGUGGCACCGUCGGCCACCAGCACCAUCCCAGUCUGCACGGUCACAGCCACGGCAGUCAGCAAGUCACCUCCUCCGGUAGUCCCGUCAAGGAGAGCAGCUUCCUGCACCGCGAGACGAGCGUCGAUGACGGCACCAAUGAUACCGCUGCCAAGGCUGCCGAGCAGGAGAACAAAGCCACAUCACCCACCUCAGAAAACUCCGAAGCGAAGAGCAUCCCGAUUCGAGGAUAGACGUACGUGAGGCUACCUUCUCGGUGGUAUGAGUGUGCCAACGACGUCCAGGA